AUGCAGCAGGCACUCUUCAGAGUCGAGGAUAUGGUGGAGAAGCUUGCCUGUCUUCCCGGCACGCGCGUAGAAUUAUUGAGCCUCAUUGCGGACUGGGUCUUCGAUCCCAAAGGCUCGCGUGGAUUCAUCUUACACGGGACGGCGGGAAAGGGAAAGUCUGCGGUGGCGCACACUGUGGCCAGGUGGCUGACGAACGUGGGAGUUGCUGCGUCCUUCUUUGCCUUCGAGAGGACGAACCGCGCUCGCCGCGCCAACCAGCUACUUCCCACCCUUGCGAGACAACUUGCGUACCUGGACCCGCAGUACUAUCGGAUACUUUGUUCUUUGUUACCCGCACAAUUGGAGACCACCGACAUUCGCGACCAACUGGAACAUCUAAUCCUCUCUGCAUUCCGUGACUACGCGCCCAUACUUCCGAUCGUCUUUGUCAUCGACGCCGUCGACGAAUGUCCCAACAUCGAUGUGAACGAGAUAGAAGAUCGCAAGGCACUGCUUGAUAGCUUGCGAAUGUGUAUGUCGAGUGCCCAACUCCAUUAUAACAUUCGCAUUCUUAUCACCACCCGCCCCGAGCGCGAGACCUACUAUCCGCUCCUCGAGGACUCUGUUACCUUCAUCUGGAAGUCUAUUGACGGCGCUGCCGACACUGCUAGGGAUAUCCGAAAAUUCGUCAAAUCCGAACUCAUGUCACCGACUGUGCGAAAGAUCGUUGGCGACUUGUCAAACACUGUGGACAUCAUUGCGAACGCUGCACAAGACUCCUUCGAAUAUGCAGAGACGGGGCGGCAGAUCGGCAGUGCCAUGCGAGGACAUGAAGACAUGGUCUGGUCUGUCGCAUUCUCUCCUGAUGGCUCAACGAUCGCGUCUGGCUCAAGGGACGGCACCAUUCGAAUUUGGGACGCCAAGACCGGGAAGCAGCAGGGCGAUGAUGUGAACUCCGUCGUCUUUUCGCACGACGGUACCCGCAUUGUCUCUGGCGCUCAAGACCACACGGUUCGCAUAUGGGAUGUAGACACACAACAGCAGCUGGGCGAUUCUAUGCGACACGAAGGCAUUGUCAGAUCAGUCUCAAUCUCGCACGACGACAAGUACAUCGCUUCUGGCUCUGUCGACGGGACCGUCCGUGUAUGGGAUGCAGGACGGGGGCAGCAAGUGUGGGUAUCGCAUGGGCAUACAAGCUGGGUAUAUGCAGUCGCCUUCUUGUCUGAUAGUACGCAUAUCGCCUCAGGUGGCCGCGAUAACACUGUCCGCAUCUGGGAUGCAGCCUCAGGAGAGCAAAUCGGCGGUGAGCUGCGCGGCCUCGCCCGUGAUGUCAACUCCGUCGCCUUCUCUCCGGACGGGAAGCACAUCGCAUCCGGCUCCGACGACGGCACAAUCCGGGUCUGGGACGUGCGGGAGGCGAAGAAGGAAAGCGGCAUCCCGGUCGGACACACCAACAUCAUCACCUCGGUCGCUUGCUCGCCGGAUGGCAAGUACAUUGUCUCUGGCUCGGGGGACAAGACGGUGCGACUGUGGGACGCGCAGACGGGGCAGUCAGUGGGGGAUCCAAUGACGGGGCACGAUGCCACAGUCACAUGCGUCGCAUUCUCGCCGGACAGCACGCGAAUUGCCUCCGCUUCAUACGAUGAAACGGUGCGAGUGUGGAAUGCGGAGACGCGACUGCCUGUGGGCGUGCUUCAAGGGCACAACGACUGGGCCCUCUGCGUCGCAUUCUCGCCUGAUGGCACUCGGCUUGUGUCCGGAUCGAUGGACGAGACUAUGCGUCUCUGGGAUGUGGCGACAGGGCAGCAAAUCGGCGAACCGCUCUAUGGCCACAAAUGUAGGGUUCAAUCUGUGUCAUUUUCAAGUGACGGCGCGUACAUCGCUUCUGGCUUCGACCGCUCUAUUCGACUUUGGGAUGCCAAAUCACGGCUGCAGCGGAGAGGGGCACUCGAAGGUCAUCAGGCUUAUGUUCUGUCCCUUGCAUUCUCGCCCGAUGAUGUGUACCUCGUGUCUGGCUCGUCUGACACAACAAUUCGCCUGUGGGAUGUGAAGACGGGCGAGCAGAUGGGCGAGCCACUUACCGGUCAUACUGACCGUGUAUGGUCCGUCUCCUUCUCGCCCAACGGGAAUUACGUUGUGUCCGGAUCUUAUGAUAGGACGGUGCGAGUCUGGAGUGUGCAGACCAGGCAACAAGUCGGCGUCUCCUUGAGAGGGCACCAAGACUGGGUCAACUCGGUCGCUUUCACUUCUGAUGGCGCUCGUAUCGUUUCCGGCUCUAUUGACGGUAUAAUCCGAAGCUCGGAGAACACGCUCGACGCCGCAAGUGCAGACACGAUCAGAGCUCGUGUGCAGGCAUCCCUUCAGGAGAACCGCGACCGCUGGCUUGUCUACGAUGACGAUGGCGUAGCACGACCCGUAGUCUGUAUUCCCCACCACUUGCAGGACCACCACCGCAUCACUUCGCCUCACCAGAUCCAGUUCGUGCCGCCGGCUCCCCACAUCCGCAUCACGCUCAACGACUCGUUCCGACUCGACGAGUGGCCGACUUGUGCGCCUGCACCCGCUCCCGAAGAGCCUUUGGAGGCGCUGGUAUAG